AUGAUAACUGGCAAGGACGUAUAUGAAGUUUUUGCAGCCAUUGUCCCUUUAUACGCGGUUAUGAUCUUCGCCUACGGCUCCAUUCGGUGGUGGAAAAUCUUCACACCAGAAUCAAUGCUCCAGCAUAAACCCUUCGUAGCGCUUUUGGCCAUCCCAUUGCUCUCAUUCCACUUCAUCUCCUCCAACAAUCCUUACGCCAUAAACUACAAAUUCCUCAUCGCCGACUCCCUCCAAAAAGUAGUCAUCCUGGUCGCCCUCUUCCUCUGGCAAGCCUUCUCCAAGGGCGGCAACCUUGAGUGGAUGAUCAUUAUCUUCUCCCUCUCCACCCUCCCCAACACCCUCGUCAUAGGCAUCACUCUGCUCAAAGACAUGUACUGCGACUUCUCCGCCACCAGUUCAGAUUGUCAUUUUGCAGAGCGUGAUGUAGUACACUCUUAUACUCUUCAUGUUCGAGUAUCGCGGCGCCAAGCUCUUAAUCUCAGAAGAGUUCCCGGAGACUGCAGCUUCGAUCAUGUUGUUCAGAGUUGCCUCUGA